CGAUGCCAAUUCGAUAAUAAGAAAUACCAGCGCAAGCAGCCAGAAUCAAACAAGCCAUGACCAGCGAUUUCAGCAGCUCCAGCGCCGAAGAACACAGGCGUAAGCGAAAACAUAAAAAGCAAGACAAGGAUGAUGCCGAUAAGAGGAAGAAAUCGAAAAAACACAAACAUGAAAAGCGCCGCAAGGAAAAGAAGCGCAGCAAGUGUCUCGAAUCACCCGAGCAAGAGCAACUGCGCCAACAAAUGUCCGUGGUGCCACCCAGACAGAUACCGGAGGCGGUUGACAAUUCAGAUGCCUUUGGGCCUGCGCUUCCACCACAUUUGACCAGACCCCAGAUAGAACCUCAGGCACAACCGCCUUCGAUCAUUGGGCCCGUGAUGCCUAGCCAACUCCCGGAGCCAACAACAUCUCAAGCUGAUUUUGAUGAAGGCGAGGAAGAUACCGCUGAUGACCUGGUGGGCACGUUUGGACCCAUACCAAAUGCCACACAAGUGGAGCUGGAAGAACGAGCUUUGGCCUUAAAACUAGCUGCCUUGGAAGGCGGCUUGGGCACUUCUACAACGGAAACAGAUGUACGCGAAGAAUGGAUGCUGGAGUUGCCCGAGGUGGGACUGAAGAGCGGUCUUGCAGCUCUGAACAAUAUGAAGCGGACAUUCUACCACGGCAAGGAGCGGCCGGAUUUUAGUGAUCGUAGCAGCUGGACCAAGACACCGCAGAGUGCCGCCGCUGGCCCAAAACCAUGUAGCUCCAAGGAUUUGGAAAAAACAGCGCUGGUGAACUAUGAGCGACAGCGUGACGAAGAGCAGGAGCGCAUUGCUAAGAAACACAAAAAAAAGCACAAACGCGAUGAGUCUCUAGUCGAUUUGCAUCAGAAAAAACUGCGCAAGGAGCAGCGUGAACGGGAAAGGGAGCUGGCUGCCAGCGGUUCCAAGCCCGAACGGCGUCCCUUUAGCCGUGACGUGGACCUAAAGCUCAACAAGAUUGACAAAAAUCAAACCAAGCAAAUAGUGAAUAAGGCUAAGAUACUUAAUACAAAGUUCUCCAGCGGUCAAGCAAAGUAUCUAUGAUGAGCAUUGUAUAAAUUAGGAAAUAUAUUCUUAAGAAAGUAUACAAU